CCCAGAAAAGAUUGGCGAUUUAACCAAACAGAUGUUUGGAUACAAUCUAGCUACAAAACAGACAUCAAAGGAAGGAGUUCCAGUCAAAAAGGUUAUGGUGGCAGAGGCUUAUGACAUUGAUAAAGAGACAUACCUUGCWAUUCUAAUGGACAGAGAUCACAAUGGUCCUGUUAUAGUAGGCAGUCCUAAGGGGGGUAUGGACAUAGAGGAGGUAGCAAAUGAUACCCCAGAAUUCAUUUACAAGGUCCCUGUAGAUAUUGUAAAGGGCCUUCAGGACAAAGAUGCUAAGUGGUUGGCUGGAAAACUAGGGUUUACUGGACAAUUAGAAGAGCAGGCAAUGGGUCAAAUCAAGAAGCUGUACAAGCUUUUCCUUAAAGUAGAUGCAACACAGAUAGAAAUUAAUCCGUUUGGUUUGACUCCUGAUGGAAAAGUUGUGUGUUUUGACGCCAAGUUCAAUUUUGAUGACAAUGCCAAGUUCCGCCAAAAAGACAUCUUUGCCCAGGAAGACAACACUGAGACUGAUCCUCGUGAGGUGCAAGCUGCUGAACAUGAUCUCAACUACAUUGGAAUGGAUGGCAAUAUUGCAUGUUUGGUAAAUGGUGCUGGUCUCGCCAUGGCAACAAUGGAUAUAAUCAAGCUUCAUGAAGGCGAACCAUCCAAUUUCCUUGACCUUGGUGGUGGUGUCAAAGCAGAGGGAGUUAUACAUAGUUUUAAAAUUGUUAGUCAGGAUCCCAGGGUCAGAGUUAUAUUGGUUAAUAUAUUUGCUGGUAUCGUAGACUGCGCUGUUGUAGCAGAGGGCAUUGUUUCAGCUUAUGAAAAACUAAAACUCGAUGUACCGAUUGUUGUCAGAUUAGAAGGAAAUAAUGUCGAUAAAGCACAACAUAUAUUGGAAGAAAGUGGUUUGCCUAUCAUCGCAGCUAAAGACAUGGACGAUGCAGCCAUGAAGGCUGUUGUAAGUUUAGGAGAUUAGUUUAGUGACAGUCAGAUUAGUUAGAACUGAGCAGUUUGUAGAGCAGGGGUUCCUUUCAAGGGUACAGAGAAGCGAGCGUACUUUUUUAGGCAAUGUGUAGCGAUGCAGUAUAGCAAUGCUACACAUUGCAUGUUCUCUAUAUUUUUGAAAUGCAUUUGAGAGGAGCGCCUGCUUUGUGGAGCAGGUAGUAAGAUUGAGUUUAUAAAAACCUUAUCUAAGGAAUUUCAUUAUUUUUAUUGAAUAAUCUCAACCUUAGACUGCGUAGUUAGUCGUUCUUGCCCGCUCCGAGGGAGUUUGGGGCGCAGAUACACCMAGAAACCCUUGUGGGUUCUCUCGCCCCAAACCCCCUCGUAGCAACCAGGAACACCUGCCUACGCAAGCUAACCAAACCUCAGUAAAUAAAUUUUUGUUAUUUUCAAGCAACUUUUUAAUUUGAAAUUAUAUACAAUAAGCCCAUUAAGGCUAAACAAAGCUUAGUUGGUUGUCUAAAAUUGCAAAUAAGUACAUGGCAUUAGUCAUUCAAGUAAUUGGACUUCAAUAAUUGGCUUUAUGARACUUUGAUAUUACGAGUAGUACUAAUCUAUUUGUAUUGAGACUGAAGCUGAAACACGUCUGGAAAAAGGAUUUAUUUUAUKAAGUGCAUAAUAUACUAUAUAUAGUGGUUUUGUUUGUUUUUGGGAAUGGUUUAUAAGACGUGGAAAACUGAACCUCGAAGUUUUAGAGUUUAGACCAAAGGGGUCCGAAUGUGAUACCAUUGUCCAAGCUGUUUUUAUGCUACCUCUGGGUGUCAUCUGUUUUGGAUCAAUGCAUAGAAGGCUUUAAUCUUAUAUUCUUUAAUCAAAGAAUACAAAAAUCACGAUUUUUACGUUCAAUAUGUUUGUUUUGAAGAAUUCGAGAUGAAAGUUUUUUUUGUAGUACUUUUAUAGCAAAAUGAUAGGUAGGUAGUUCUGUUACAGAGAAAAAACUUAGUGAGCGAAAAAAAUGGAAUUGUUAUAAGGAUUGGAUGGUUUGUAAAAUAAAACGACGAAAAUUAUUAUUUUAAA